AUGUUGAUCAAAGUCCGUACCCUGACUGGCAAGGAGAUCGAGCUGGACAUCGAGCCUGAUUACAAGGUGUCCCGGAUAAAGGAGCGCGUCGAGGAGAAAGAGGGCAUUCCCCCCGUGCAACAGCGCCUGAUCUUCGGCGGAAAGCAAAUGGCUGACGACAAGACUGCCGCGGAAUAUAACCUCGAAGGCGGCGCAACGCUGCAUCUCGUCCUUGCCCUCCGUGGCGGCUGUGAUGCUUAA